UCUUUUCUCGUUAAAGCAAUUAGGGCUGCCGCUUUGGAAGGAGGUGUGGAGGUCGUAGAGAGGCUUGGAAACUGGUUUUGGAAAACAAAGCUCAGCUACGGUCAGAGCCUCACAGCUUUGGAACUCUCAGAACACAGUGUCUCUCUCUCUCUCGUUCUUUUGCUUGCCGCGCAAAACCGAACGAAAAAUAGUCGUUAGUGUUUUUGCCCUUUCUCUACUCAGUUUUCAAACUUGAAGCGAGAAGGUAACUGAAAAAUCUUCCAUGAGACCAUAGCAUUCAAGCGUUUCAGGGCUUCUCUCGGACUUCACGGUGUAAAAGACUUGGAUUCCUUUGAGGAGGAAGAAGAAGAUAUCGUGGGGAAUCGACCUCGAUUACUGAUUCGCGGUUUCUUGGGUUUUGAAGUAGGUUUUGUAAGCUUUAACUUUUUUCUUUUCUAGGGCUUUAGAGGUUGUUCGUUUUGAGUGAUGGGAAGUAGGGUCCCUGGGUCACACUACAACUUGAGGUCUGCGAACUCGUUUAUUGGAAGCUCCUUGCACGAUCUCAACACUGUAGAUGGUCGGCCAGGGGAGAUUGAUGGGAUUAGUGACGUGGAUCGUGAUGGAGUGACAGAAGAUAGCUUGGAGAAUGACGAUGAGUCCAAUUCGGUUGAUUGCAUACAUGAAUCUUAUAGGAGUUCUUUAUCGCUUCAUGUUGUUGGAGUGGAAGAAGAUCGCUCUGGUCUUGAAAAUAGUGGGUCUUCGAGGUCAACCUACGACAUUUUGACAAGUGAAGAUGUUGUACCGAUUGAAACAGCAAGAGCUAGAUUCUUGCAAAUAAUCGUGGAUCAUUUUAUCAGGGAGCAUUUCAUAGAAGUGGCUGAUUCUGAGUCAGAAUAUGGUGCCCAAUCAGGCCAAGAUAAACUAAAUAAGAGGAAGAAUAGAGAAGUUCAAUAUGAAGGUGAUCCAAGGUUUGUCUUGCCCUUGAUGUAUGUGGCCAAUUUGUACGAGACAUUAGUUAAUGAUGUGAAUAUGAGACUUGCUUCCUUGGAUGGAAUUCGUGAAAAGAACAUUGGGGUUGCCCUUGAAGCUGCUGGUGGUUUGUACAGAAGGCUAGCCAAAAAAUUUCCGAGGAAAGGACACUGUACAUUUAAAAGAAGGGAAUUGGCAACAUCUCUUGAGACAAGGACGAGAUUUCCAGAACUAGUAAUACAAGAAGAGAAGCGGGUUCGUUUUGUAGUAGUCAAUGGUUUAGUGAUUGUUGAAAAACCAAAUAGUUUGCUUACUGAGGAUGCAGAAUGGUUCAAACGGUUGACAGGUCGGGGAGAAGUCGCUGUAUCAGCUCGAGACUAUAAGUUCUAUUCACCCAGGCAUAAGUAUAGACGUGUUGCAUCACAUUCUGUGUCCAACAUUCCUGGCUUGCCGGCAUUCUCAAGCGCAGAUAAUUCUUGUGCAAUGGCUACAGCCCCAGGAUUCCGACCUCUUAAUGAACCGCAGAAUCAGCAGCCUCCUCAAUCCAAACAUCAUAUACAACAACUCCCGCAUCAAACCCAGUUUCAUCAACUCCAACCUCAUAGUCAACCCGUUCAUCAUAAUCAACAUGUGAUGCACUUCUCUCAUCCGCAUCCAUGUGGACCUUCUUCGCAUAUUCCUGAGAUUUCUCAUGGCCAUCAAUCACCAACUAUGACACAACAUAUGGCUUGCAUGCAACCCCUCACCGGAGGCCAUGUUGGAGGGCGCUUGCAUGUACUGCCAACAAGCCCUGCAAAGUUUUGUGAUGAAUGUGGGGCUCCUUAUUUGAGAGAGACAUCCAAGUUUUGCUCAGAAUGUGGUGUAAAGAGAUUAGGAAUAUGAUGGUCUCACUUUGCCGCCGUUUUAUGUUUCUAGGUUUUUCCCCCUUUCUGUAAAUAUUUCUGGGGUUCAAAAUGUAAGUGUACAGUCAUGUUACAUAGUUUGUAGUUUUAUAGAAUUAGAUUUUCCUUUUUAAUUAUUAAAUUGUCUUAUAUUUA